UUUUUACUUUUUCUCUUGUUUUCACACGAAUUCCGUUCAUCAGUGAGGUUAUAACUUCGAUUUAAAGAAAUUAAAAACCAUAGUCAUGGAAUUGCGCAGUCAAACAUUCAAUAAUUUAGUUGACAUUCUGAAAGGCGCUGGCGUCUAUGAGGAGGGCAUGGACAUGGAGGAGAUGCGCAACUUGGCCGAUGCUAUGCAACUCUCAACCGCCUGGCCCCAACAAUCCUCUGUAGAUCAGGAUUUGGAAAGGGCUCUACUGGAAAGCGAACUCGAAUUCAUGUACUUGCAUCCAGCUCAACUUCUAAAUUCCACAAUGAUUCAAGAAAACCCGAUUGCAAUUCCAGAAUCGAGUCCUGAUCGCGACUGCGAUAGUCCUCCAACUGCACCCAUACAUAUGACGGUCCGUGCAUUGGUUCAUCAUCCACUCGACUGGAGUCCCACAUCCCAAAGGCGUUCAUUACUCAAGCGGCCAUCUGUUUCUAAUAGUUCUGGCCCUGUUUUGGGUGGCAAAAGAAUUGGAGUCGUCAUCCGCGAUGGUGGCAAGCGUGGCGAUCAACCGGGAGCACCUCCCGAAUAUAAUCCCGACGAAACGCCCAUAUCGGUGGUAGAUUCAGGUGUCAGUAGCCAGGAGAUUAUGCUCUCCAGCCUCAGUUCAGAGGGCAGCACGGAGAUAUCCAUCGGCGAAAUGCCCAGCCGUCAUUUGAUCAGCACCAGUAGUGCUGCUGUUUCAGAUUUUCUCCUCUAGCCACGAUCAAGAAAAUCAAGAAUGAUCAUCGAUCAGAUCGUUAAAUCGAUUUAAUAAAAUAUUAUAGCCUAAGAUUUUUGUGAGUUAGCGAAGUUCCAAAUAAAGAAAAUUAAAAUAUGAA